GAUUUUAAUCGCAAUAUUCAAGUCUUUAUAAACCUGAAACUAGGUUUACAAUUUUAAGGAAUUACAAAAUUGAUCGCUAGUGAAUGGAAACAUUUGCUAAAGGAAAUGGAAGCACAAUAAGAUAUAAACUAAUAUUCUUAAAAGCAGGCAAAAAAUAAUAAUUCACGAGCUCAAAGGAGAAGAUUAUAAGAAUUCUUGGAUUCUUUUUAUGUAGUCAUAAGAUAUGACUG